AUGGCGUCGGCGGUGGAGCAGCACCGCGACCUCGUGGUCGACGGGGACGUCGCGCAGGCGCUGGACAUGUGCCGGCGCCUGCUGCGCACCGACAGCAGCCUGCAGCGCGUGGGGACGGCGCACCUGGUGCUGGAGCGGCUGCGCAGCGGCGGCGCCGACGACUCGAGCGACGACGUGAACGCGCUGCUGCGGCUGCUGGGCAACUACGUGGCGCCCACGCGGGAGCUGACGGAGGAGAUCCUGUCGCUGCUGCUCUUCUGCGACCACCGCGUGCUGCUCAUCCACCACUUGCCCAAGUUGACGUACCAGUCCAAGGAGUGCGUGCAGCUGGUGGUGCAGGCGUACUUGGAGCUGCUGGCGACGGAUCGGUCGCUGCUGGUGCCGGUGCUGGGGUCGCUGGCGGAGAUGCCGCUGGAUAAUUGUGAGAAGAACACAGUGGUGGAGGCGGCACAGUCGCUGCUGGAUGCGGCGGAGGAAGAGGAUAUCCCGGCGGUGGUGCAGAGUCUUUUGUCGAUGGUAACGAAGUCGUCGGCCCCAAAGGCACUCGCUCGACUGCGAACCGAGUGCAACCGCAUCGAAUCAGGGACGCUGUCGCUCACGAUGGAAGUGAUUGGGCGUUAUGCGACCGCUGGAUCGGUGGCUCUGACAGCACUGCUUCGGCUCAUCAGACAUGUGGACCCUUUGGCCACGUUUGACGUCGUUUUGUUGACAUUCGUAAUGGGCAAGUCGGCAGAAAAUGAGCUGGCAGUAAGGGCGACAACAGCCGUCGCGCAAAGCGGUCGGCUGCACAGUCGCAUGAUGCGUGAAGCAGCCACGAUGCUUGUAAGACCCGAAUGGGCCUACUUGCUGCCGUCCUUUGUCCGCUUCUGCAGCUGUGUGCUUGCCGUUUGUUUCCGAGCGUCCACUCAACCAACAUUGGCACCAAAUUUGAUUGCUAGCUCUGUCGAUUCAUUAAUCGUCCUCGUUGAGACCCAAGGCACUGUGCAAGAAGAGGCUUUGAUUCUUUUACUGACAAUCGCCAGCCAACCAAGGAAGUUGCUACUGCUCGGAAACGCUGAUUCAGUGCAACGCACUCGCAGUGGCCUGUGCUGGGAUGUGGCUGAAGCGAUUGCACGGCGGCUUUCGGAACUUGCGCGGAGAAAUGCUGGUGCACUCGCAUCGUCGUCUCAUUUGCUUCUCGAUCAUCUGCAUGGAAUUGCCUCUGCUACCGUGGAGUCGGAAUUGGAUGAAAAGUAUCCCUCGCACAUACUCGAUCUUCUUUGUUCCACCAUGGCAUUGCUGACGAAGAGAGAACGGGGCAUUUAUUCGUUGCUGAUGAUCACUAUCCAAAAGCAACUGGUAUCCCGGGUAGGAGCCACAGGCUCAAGCCAUGAUCAACAACCCUUCAGGCUUCAGAGUGCUCGGUCACAACAAAAUCGCGCCAAUUCAGUUGAAGUAAAGCAGUUAAUGGCAGUUUUUCUGACAGGGCACCUGCUGAAGAACCAAGUUGUCGUGGAUUCUCGAGACCGGAAAUCAUUGGCGAAUUGGAUGCUACGUCUCCUGACUUCUGCGAAUCGUGACGAAACUCUGCUGCAUGUAAUGCACUUUGUGCGAGAUGAAAUGAGUCGGACACUGCAUACAUCGUCAAUCGAGCAAGAACGGACACAACUAACCUCGGCGAUCUCCCAGGUAUUUCGGAAGAAAGGUUUGUGUUGGACUCCACGUGAUCAGGCGGUUCAGCGCCUCAAAGAUGACAAGACGAUGGUACUGGCAUUUGACGACAUUGAUGGCGCGCAGAGGGGCAUAUCAACUGGCAUGGAAGGUUUAAAAACCCCUUUGGUUGUGGAUGCCACUGAAUUCGUGACUAAAAUGCGGUUUGGAAUACCCCCACCGUCGUUUGGUGCGAUGGAUACCCAUGAUCGCGAAACAUUCAAGAAGCUGACAGAGCAGAAGUAUUUUAUGAAGAUCUGCCUCCUGCGGGAGUUAUUUCACUGUUAUCUGGAAUUCGCGCCACCCGCUGAACAAGAAGAAAUAGUAGAUGCUGGAUUUUUGUUCCCCGCAAAUUAUGAUCUAUCGCUGGAUGAUGAAGCUUGCGGUGCUAUUGACCCUUCAGCGUUAAACAACACUAUCUGGAAUAUAGUGUGCGCACUGGAUAUUGCGGUUGCAUCGACAAACUUUGCUGCAGAGCGGUACAUCUCGACGGUAGCGAGCGCAGAUUCGACACGUGACUGCAUCAAUCAGUAUUCGCGGAUGGCAGCUCGCUUGCGUAUCUGCUUGAAGCAACGUGAUCAGCUUGAGCGGACACUAAAUCGACAAGCAGUUAAUAUCAGGAACCACUUAGAUCGUCUCGACGACACAGCGAACUCUCGCCAAGCCCAAACUCGAAAGGAAGAACUGGAAUGGUUGCUGCUGGAGGUAGAAAUUGUUGAGCAAAUGCUGAAGGGGCAGCUCCGCCGAGUACAAGGAGAACUUCCCCGAGCUUCGUUGUAUGGCUUGGACUUCCGCGUUAUCUGUUUGGCCUUCGAGGGGCACCGGACGAAUUUUAUGGAGCCACCACUGCCGCUAUCUUACGAGGUGGAGUUGUUACAAAUAUUUAAUCGGCACUUGCAGCCCGAUGCCGUAAGCUCGGCGGGGUUAAAUGAAGAUAACACUGGAUCGAGUUACAGCGGAAACAAGCGGUCGUUGGUCUCACGCAGUGAAGGGCACCAGGCCGUGAAGUGGUUGUGUCAUCGAGCAGCGGAGUUAACUCGGUCGAUCAGCAAUGACGAGUAUGAUCAAACUGGUAGUGUCGUGGACGAAGAUUCCGAAGACGAGUCGGCAAAUGCUGCGGCUGCGCAAACGGCGACACGAAACUUGAUGGCGUCCAGCCUGGCGUACAUAUACGAUUCUUUCAUUACCAUAUUAGAAGCAUGUCGAAUCGCAACUGCUGUUGGAGAUUCCAGUUGGACCGAUAACAUGAUGAAGCUCCUUGCCAGUGGUGCAUGCACCGACGAAGAUAUGUCGAGCUUUCACAAACCACAUGCAUGCAACGAAACAUUUUUCCGAUUCUUGGCCCGGCAAAGCCUUGAAUUAACGGACCCAACGCUUGCUUGUCUGGUGCUUGAUGCGCUGGUGUCACUCGUUCUAAAUACGAGAAAAAGUCCCUUGAUCAGCCAACUUUGCCUGGCUGUGCUGCAUCAAACGUUUCCAUCGGUGCCGAUUCCAAGUCAAUUCGAAAACGAUUCGGGAAUUUUUUUCAGUGGCCUCCCAUUACGGUCUCUCCCUAAUGCUGUCAUUUCUCCGAACAAAGGCCGUGUUUGUUCGUUGGGGAAGUAUCGGUGCCCGUCGAUAAAAUGGCGGCAUAUUGCGUACCUGGUGGUUGGCUCGUGGACGUACUCGAAUUCUGCGUCAGCGGGGUCACACAUACUGGCUCAGUACCUAGAGGAAAUGCGAACUCUAAUCGAUGCCGCUGCGCCACGCGAUGACAGAAGGAAGAAACUGAAAACGAGCCUGGAAGAUAGUGAGGAUGAAUCGGAAGAGGAUGACUUGAAUGAGCGCCGUCAAGACGAGCUUGCUGUGGUCGUUGGUGGUAAACACGUCGUGCUAAAAAGCUUGACGAAUGAGUCGUUGCCAUAUUUCAUCGAAGCGGUUUUGCUUUGUGCUAUCGCUUCGCUGUACCGGGCUGCACCAAGGAAAUCUAGCGGGCAAGGCAUUGCUGGUUCGAAUCCUUUUGCUUACUACUGCCGAGCGAUGGACGUGUUUCAGAGUGCGCUGCUGGUUUUCGCACAAGCUGAAGUUUGCGGUUUUAACUUGCCGGUUAAAACGAACUUACUGGUGCUUCGCGGUGGUGCUUUUGCAGCGAAAAGUGCCAAGGUGAUCGUAACAAAGUGCAUCACGUGGCGCGUCGAUCAAAGUGUGGGCGAUUCUACUGGUGCAUUAGGCCAUUUGGGUGUUUUGUUUGGCGCGGCAUAUGCGAUGUCGGCAGCGAUGGAGAUGGUGACCUCUGCCUUCCAAGAGCGCGUCGUGCUGAAAAUGCAGCUCAAUGGUGGUAGCCGCAAAAAAGGAGGGUGGGGUAGUGAGUUGCUGGCCAAGACGUACGGUAAGAAGUAUAAUACCCGUCGAUGGAUCUCCAAAACCGAGGCGAAGUUGCUUCCGGCCUUUUCUCACGCUAUUCAAGAACUUCAGGACUUCUUACAAGACGAAAGUGAGGUGAAUAACAUCGUCUUACAAGCGGCAAGGGCUGAAUGGGAAACAGCAAAAAGUGAAUGGAGCGAAUAUGAGCGUCGGGACGUAAUGCUCAGCGACGACAAGCUCGUUUCCGCGUGCCGGACUCUCCAGCCAACCGAAUUUACAGCAACGAUCCUCAAAGACUGGCGGCCUGCUGUGUCUGUCGACAGAGACGACGAUGAGACCGACACUGAGAACGAUGACGACCACGAAGGUAGUCAAGAGCUCGACGAGGAAUCGCUGUCUGAAGAAGAGGAUGAAGAUGUCGAUGGAUUCGUUGUGAAGUCCUACGCCGCGGCAUCAACUAAUGGCGUCCCAAGCGCUGCUGCUCCUGUAUUAGGCGGGCGCAAAAAGCCGGAUGUGGAGCUUCACGAUAACGAGGACCUGGGAUUCCCGACCAUCGUCGUCAACUUCAAAAAGCAGAAGAAGCACAAGAGCUAAGGCCUUCUUCACAUGGUAUUGCAACGAUUUUCGACUACUGUAUCGUUCUUCUACACGUCCAGUGUUGUGCAUUAUCCGAGCUUCGACAGCUUUUGUUUCUGACGUGAGCGGAAGAUGUCGUGCGCCGGUCG